AGUUUUGCAGGGGGUUCCAUUCGCAGUCAUCUCGGUGUUUGCAAAUAUUGGGUCGGCUCCGGAGCGAGUAUCUCUUCUGGAGGGAGGCGCAGGGAUUGCAAAGCCAGGACCGGCAGCCUCGGACAGAAUUUUUUUUUGCAAAAUAAUCAUCUUAAUAAAUCUAGCGCUGUGCAAUUCGACAUUGCACGAAACUUUUGCUUUUAUUUUUGGGGGAGAAAAAAAAAUCGAUGUAAUUUCAUCUGAAGACCGGAUUUGAAUAUAUGUAUAUAUCUCCAUCUCCACACUGUUUUCGCCUCUCUUUUUUUUCUCUGGAGGAGGAAGUGGGGCUGGGUGUAAAUAGCUGCUCGACUCGCUGUCACCGUCACCUGCCAACCCUCGCCGGCAACUGCAGCAUCUCGAAACAAACUCCUGGCUGGGGAGCGUUGAGAUUUUUGUGUUUUGCUUUUUGAACCCGCCGUCAAUAUUCCCUCGCCAGCGGACGCUGGGGCUUGCUGGAGGGGCUGGACUGUGGUGGUGGCUGUUGUGGUGAUUUCCGCGGGGGUGCAACUUCCCGAAAGACAUGGAUGUGCUCCCGAUGUGUAGCAUCUUCCAGGAACUGCAAAUUGUGCACGACACUGGCUAUUUCUCCGCUUUGCCAUCUCUGGAGGAAUAUUGGCAACAGACAUGCUUAGAGCUGGAGCGGUAUCUUCAGAGCGAGCCCUGCUACGUGUCUGCUUCUGAAAUAAAAUUUGACAGUCAAGAGGAUCUGUGGACCAAAAUUAUUCUGGCACGUGAGAAAAAGGAGGAAUCUGAACAGAAGAGUGUGUGCCUUCCAAAGGAGGACCACAUGAGUAGCCCGAGCUUAGAGACUAACAGUUUGAAUUCUGAUAUCAGCAGUGAAUCUUCAGACAGCUCCGAGGAACUUUCUCCUACGACUAAGUUUACCUCUGAUCCCAUAAGUGAUGUUUUAAACUUAGCUAUUACGGGAAACUUGAGUUCAUCGGUCACAUCUACUCCCCCUUCUUCUCCUGAGCUGGGCAAGGAACCAUCUUCUCAGCCAUGGAAUUCUGCGCCGGGUGAAUUGCAUUCACCAGGCAAAAUUCGUACUGGUACCGGUGGAAAGACUGCAGAAAAGGGUACUCCGGUCAAUGGUGAUGCGUCUCCAGAUGGGAGAAGGCGGGUCCACAGGUGUCACUUCAAUGGGUGCAGGAAGGUUUACACCAAAAGUUCACAUCUGAAAGCACAUCAGCGUACUCAUACAGGAGAAAAGCCUUACAGGUGCUCGUGGGAAGGGUGCGAAUGGCGUUUUGCGAGGAGUGAUGAGUUAACCAGACACUUCAGAAAGCACACGGGCGCCAAACCUUUUAAAUGUAAUCACUGUGACAGGUGUUUCUCCAGGUCCGAUCACCUGGCCCUUCACAUGAAGAGGCAUCUCUGAAUGGGUGAAGAGGUUGAAUCCUGUGGGCUAAGAGGCUUCAAGGUUUGAGCGGCCUUGAAAGAAGGGAUGCGUGUUCCAGCCAAAGCAUGCCAUUUUUGCACCCUAACCCAGUUGCCUCCAGGGCCUCUUCUCCUUGGAAGGUCUUCAGAGGGCUAAAACAAAAAGUCAUGUAAGAAACGGCAUAGCGACCGCACGGUGUGGGUGCAUGAUGUUUAGGUCUCCUGGACUCGUACACUGGUACCCAACCUUCUGAGUGGCUUCUACGCCUUCCGCCGUGAGCACGUGCACUGAGAAUGUUAAUGAUUGGACGGGCUGUAUGUUACUAAGGAUUUACUGGGCGACUGUAUGCUGAGGCACAUUACUUUUUUGUUUGUUUGUUUUGUUUGUUCCUUGUGGUUGUUUUUAUAACCGUAAGAGAGAAAAGGUCAGCUGAAUGGGGGGAUUUUUGUUUGUUUGCAUACGUGAGGAAGUAUACCGCAAGAUGGAGCAAUCACCAGUCAAUUUCCAAGGGGCAGGGGAGGGGAAGGGGUGUCUGCACCUUUUUUUAGUAUAAGGGGGGAAGCUGAACGGGAGGGGAAGGAAAGUCAGGACACCAGAGUGAAGGGAGGGACCCCUAUCCUGCGUGAGAGGAGCUUUUGGUGUCUGGUCCAGCUAUUAAAUGUGCAAUGUGUCAAGUAGCUUGGUUUUACUUGCUACGGAGCUCAUUUGUAAUCCAUUGUAUAAGCUGUGUAUUUACAAUAUAACACAACCUAUAACUUUUCAUUAUAAUACCAAGGUUAUUGCAUGGUUCUGGGGAACUAUAUGCUUUUUCCAUUCUUUAAUCAGGACUGCAAUUUUUUUUUCCAAUUCCAGUUAAAAGCUGCUACGACACAAUUGGUUUCAUGUUACGUAACAUACAAAUCUGAUUUUUUUUAAAAAAAAAAUGUCCUGUCGGGUGGAUAAGACCACUGUAGGUUAGAAACUGUUCUGUUUGUUUGUUUUUUAUUUUUUAAGAAAAAAAAAUCUCAUGCAGCUAUUUUUUUUCCCCGCGCGCGCUCUUAUUUAUGCCUUGAGGUCUAAUUUCUGGUUUUCUAGCUGUUAAUGCACUGUUGACCUUAAUAAUGGUGCCUUAUGCAAAGAGACCUUUCUCUUGCGGGAGGUCUUAUACAGGGGUAUGGGUGAUGUAGGCUUCAUUAAGGCUCUCUUGUCACCUGACGUUGUACUGUAUCAAACGUAUAUUAUGAAGAGGUGGGAAGAAAAUGAGCUUCAGUGCAGGGCUUCCAUGCACAGAAGCACCCUUUGAUAAGUCUGUACAAUGUUCAUUCUCUUGUCUUUUUAAAAUUUAAUAAUAACAGGGAAUAGUAAGGAACCCAACAAUGGAAGUUAUUUGACCAGUUCCGCCUCCUUGAGGAUUUUGGUUUUUUUGAUCCCAUUUUCUGGACCUUGCACAACUGUCCCAUGUAUAUACAUCCCCCCUGCCCCCGGCACCACAGAAUAAAAGUAAAAUCCCCGGGUUGCAGCCGACGGUUCCUUCCCUCCCCGUUGGAUCCAGCGAUUCCCCUCCAUUAAUUCUUUCUCCAUCACAGGAAGUCUUCCUUUCUUGAAGCAAGACUUUCCGGAAGGAAGUUGUUGGGUCCUGCUUGUUGGGGGAGAGUAAUUGGCUCCAACCUCCUGUGCUUGAGAAUGUGAUUUUUUUAAUGCAUAUUUAAAAGUGCAGGAGUGUUUUAAAAAAAUGCUUGAAAGGCACAAGUUUCACAUCUAUAUACCUAGCUUGAGAUGAAAGAAAAUAAAAAACUUUGUUCAAUGAAAAAAAAAAGCAAAAAAAGUUACCAAGUGGGCAGAUUCUUCGUGUAUGUAUAUUUGUGCGUGUAUAGUAUGUGUAGCUGUGUGUGUGUGUGCGUGCGCGCGUGUGUGUGUAUAAAUAUAUAGAGAGAGAUAGAUAAUAUAUUAUUUUUUUUUAAGAAAUUGAGUUUUGGUAAAAAAUGUCUUUUGAGGAAUCCUCCGCUUCCCUCCAUUUCCCCCCCAAAGGAAGUAAAUAAUUAAAAAGACACUUUUCUUUAAACUGUUUACCUUUUUGAUCUGCAUACUCAUUCUUGCUAGUGCAAACCUCUGCACUAAGCUAUGGCCUUCGUGCUCAAAAGUUUCCCGGUGCUCUUGUGGCAUAUUAGAUCCCUGAAGGGCAAAUGUAGGUGCAGGGUAUUGUGCUGUUGCCGAUUCUUAACUUUUAAAAUUGAGAUCGCUCUCUUCAAAGCAGAGGGAAAGGCUCCUCCCCGCCCUGUUCACAUGGAGGCAUGAGUGAGAGCUCUGGCUUUUUUUGUUCUGGUGGCACUUUUCUUUUUUGGCAUGUGGAACUUCUUGUGCCGCUGGCUGCUUCCACUUCUGGUGUUCCCCUGGCUCUCCCUUUAGAAGGGCAUGAGCUGGAAAGUUACUCCAAGGGCCAGCUUACUCUGUUCGAAUAUUAUUAGCUCAUAUGGAACCAAUAUUGUUCAGAACCAUUUAAAUACGGGCUUUCUAGCAAGGACAAAAGCCACACCUCUCAACCUUUUCGCUUACCAAGGAGACCUAAAUAAUAAUUUUGCUCUUUUCGCGAUUCCUUUUUUCAGCUGAAGAUACUAAGUAUUUGCAUGUGUUAGAAAUGAUAUUUUCUAAAAGCCGGUGAGUUUUGAAAACUGCUUUCCUUGCGACAAUAACACAUAUACACAAACCACAUCUGCAGCCCAUUUCUUCUUAUUUGGGGGCAGCUUUUUUUUCUUGGAAAUGAUGAUCAAGAUUAAUGGUUCUCAGAAACAUAUUCAUACAAACCUUUAUCUGAUUCUAAAGGAAUGCACAGGCCUACCCCAUUUUGCAUUGCAUUGGGUUUUUAAAUGCUUGAAUGUGCACUUCUUUAAAAGUUGUAAAAGCCCCCGGAAGAGAAUAUAUUGUCUCCAAACUAGAGAGAGCAUCAGUAUACUCAUGGAGCUUCAUGUACGCACAGGCUUCCUUGUUCUCAUCAGUAUUGACAAAUUCAUUGCAGCUGCACUGAGCACUGUGUAUGUGGAGUAUCCCCCAAAUUCAGAUUAAAUCCCCUGCCGACACCCGUAUAAAUCAGAGCACCUGCAUGUGAAUCAAGUCAAAACGAUUUUUCUUUCAUUUUUGGCCUUUGUUUUGAAGGGAGAUUUUUUUUUUAACAACUUAGUUGCAAUAUUUUCUGCUUGGCUGUAAGUAUAAAUCGCUGUAAUAACAAUUAAGUUUUCUUCUUAAGAAUGGUUUCCCUUGAUUAUUAAGCAAAGGAAAAAAAAUGAAAAUUCCCAUCCCCCUCACACUAGCUUUUCUCAGUGGCAAAAUAUUGAAAUUGUUUUGGAUUGGACAGUGGCUGUCUGCCAUAUGUCAAGAUGCCUGUCAGUUUUGUGGUAAGGAAGUACAUUUUGUUCAGGUGAUAACUGAGCCUCAAUUAAGCUGAAAGAAAAAAAACUUUUUUGCUUGAAAUUUCAGAAGAAAAUUUCUAUUCGUGAAAUUUCUUUUUUGUUUGUUUGUUUGUUUUUUUGGAAGCACCCUGUUAUCUAAAGAAUCUCUUUGUAAGAUUUUUGUAAAAAAAAAUUUGUUUUACAAGAUUUUAUUUGAAAUUGUUUUUUGCAAGAUUGUUAUAUUUCUGUAUGAAUGUAUUUUUUAUUGGAAUAACAUAAAAAAAUUCUUA